AUGGAUGCCUUCUCAUCAGCACUCAACAAAAACACAUCAACACACUCACAACAGCGUUCCCAACAAAUUUUCCAAUCACCACUCGCAAACUCGCCAACCUCCUCAGCAACAUCAAAACUAGUAAUACAAGAACGCGAUCGACAAGUGAAAUCGGACGUAACCCGUCUCCUGAAAGAUAUGUUAGAACGGACGGGAACAAUGCACUUCAUCUACGUGACCGCCUCCUACAACAACACAAUCAUCACAUUGACUGAUAGUAAACACAAUCCGUUAGUUAGGCAAUCGGGUGGCACGGUCGGGUUCAAGAAAUCACAUCGUGGUGGAUACGAGGCGGCACAUCAGACUGCUGUGGCGAUUGCGACUAAAGCUAAAGAGAAAAACAUAAAGAUUACGGAUGUGGAGAUUGUUUUGAAGGGGUUUGGACCCGGACGGGAUGCCGCGUUUAAGGCGUUGACUGUUCCAGAAAAUGGGUGGACUAUUAAACGCGUUACGGAUGCUACUCCGAUUCCGUUUAAUGGGUGUCGUCCUAGAAAAACCAGAAGAAUCUAA